AUGAUUUUCGACCCGGUAAACAUGGCAAUGCAGCCGUCAGACUUAGAGGGAACAAAGGACGACCUACAUAAGAUGGAUAGAAGAAUGGAAUCCGAAGACGGCCGGCUGUUCUCCUCGGACAGGGGAGAGGGUGAGGUGAGUCCUGGUGGUUCACUGGCUUUGAACUAUGUGGCCUUAACCGGCCGGGAUGACAAGAAUGCGGAUGACACAGAGUGCCCACUGGACACGCAUGUUUGUAAAUGCGCACCGAGCGCUGGGCUGCUUCCCUCGGUAACUUGUACCACCCAACAGAGCGACCUCAGAACGAAGAACACCAUUGUCAGCAUACGUCUGCGGAUAGUCGUCAUGCAGAAGCGCAGUGGCGGUCCGAAAAAGAUAACGCUCUCGGAAAAAAGGAAGUGUUUAACAGGUUUCCCCCAAAGUGCCUCUGAGUCAAAUGGAGGCAAUCGGUAUCGUUGCAACUUCAUUGUGGUGAAGGCGCUGAUAGGAAUAUUUGGCAAAAUGCCCGAAGACGCUUGGAGGUCCCGAUCUGGCUCCACUGACCUGCCUUUUCGCGCCGCCGCGACCUUCUGGUACCUGUAA